UAGCUAUAACCUCAAUUUUAUCUGCCAAAUUUGAAGGUAGUAUCAAAAUGGUAUCAAAGUAGUAUUAUUUUUUAAAAUACGUGUGUAUAUCUAAUGGUAUAUGGUAUCAUAAGCUUUAACAAACAGUGGAGUAAAUAAAGAAUCUUAAAAUAAAUAAAUGGAUUGAGACGAUGUGUUUUGAAAAUAGAAAAUGCAUAAACAGUGAAGACAAACAGUGUAUUUAUGAAAGUUAUAUAUUGUUAAACAGAUAAAUAUAAAUGUAGAGCAGUUGAUCAGUUGUAUUUGAAAAUGUUAAGAAUGGAAUACAUGGAAAAUCGACGAUUCAGAAAAUAUAUAAUAUAUUUUCUAAUACUAUCAUGCAUGCUGAUUUUCUGGAAAGUUAUUACAAUGGAUAAAGUUAAUGAACCCUGGAUAGAGAUUAAAGACAAGAUAAGGGAAUACCAGUACAAAUUGCACCUAACCCCUCUACAAGUGGAGUUAUUAGAAAUGCUUGAAAAGGGGCAGAAUAUAGAUGACAUACCCACUAUAUAUGCUAUCACUCCUACCUACUACAGGUAUCUCCAAAAGGCAGAACUAACCAGAAUCUCCCAAAUGUUGAUGCUUGUUCCAAAUAUCCAUUGGAUUGUAAUAGAGGAUGCAGAUGAAAAAUCAGAUCUAGUCACUAAUUUAAUUGCAGACUCUGGGCUAAAAGCUACACAUUUAACAGCGAAAACUCCGUCAUUGGAAAAGCUUAAAGCAAAGGAUCCUAGAUGGAAACGUCACAGGGGUGUAGAACAAAGAAACAUAGGUCUCAAUUGGUUAAGAAAUAACUUAAAACAUGAAAAAGACAAAGGUUUUGUGUAUUUUAUGGAUGAUGACAAUACUUAUAGCAUAAAAAUAUUUUCAGAGAUUAUGAAAAUUAAAAGGGUGGGUGUAUGGCCAGUAGGAUUAGUAGCAGGAUUGACAGUAGAAACUCCAAUCUUAAAUCCCGAGACAGGAAAAGUGAAAGGCUAUAGAAGCGGCUGGAAACCUAAUCGUCCAUUCGCUAUAGAUAUGGCAGGCUUUGCUAUAAAUCUAGACCUUAUCCUUCAAAAACCGGAAGCCAACUUUUCGUACAAGAUGGAAAAGGGUUACCAGGAAACCGAAUUUUUGAGUUUCUUCACUAAGAAAGAAGGGCUGGAACCUCUAGCAAGUAAUUGUACUAAAAUUUAUGUGUGGCAUACAAGGACAGAAAAACCGGUGGUUAGAGGAGAGGUUAAAGGUUUCGAAGUUUAGUGAAGUCUGGUAUUUAUUUUAAAAAAUCUAUUUAUACACUUUUUACUGCAAAAACACGCGUACGUCAGGCAAUAUUUAUGACGUCAGAGCAUUGCUAAAACAUUAGAAUCAAUGGUGCUCAAAGAAUCGAUCGCGAUCGACCAGUCGAUCGCCAAAGUUUUCGAAGUCGAUCGCGAUUCACGGAAAAAUACAAAUUGAAAAGAUAUGUUUGCUAUCAAAGAAAUUUGGCUAAAGAAAAAUUGUUAACAAUGGUGCAUCUGAAAGAAAAACCUCGCGGAGAAGAUAAAUACAACGUUUUUUUUUUUUAUUUUAUAAAACAAUACGAGCUAGCGAUGUACAAACUAUUGUGUGUAUUACAACAGAUGGUGCACCAUCCAUGACUGGCGUUAACAGUGGAUGUGUUGAAUUAUUACGAACUUACGAUGACUUUCCAUCGUUUUUUCAUUUCAUUGCAUCAUUCACCAGCAAGUUUUGUGUUCCAAAAUUUUAAAUAUGGACGACGUCAUGAAGAUAACAAUAAAAACUGUGGAUUCAAUCAGAGGGCGAAGCUUGCAACAACGUCUUUUUAAAGCGCAAUUGAAUGCUAGCGACCCUGCGGAACACACUGAUUUACUUCUUCAUACAGAUGUGAGGUGGUUGAGCCGUGGAAAAUUUUUAGAUAGGUUCCAGGAGUUACUUCCCGAAAUAAUUUCUUUUCUAGAAGAACAAGGGGACGACACUCAUUUACUUCAAAACGAAAAAUGCCUCGAUAAUCUGGCUUUCGUAUCGCAAAUCAUUUGAAUCUUCUUAAGUUGGAACUAUAGGAUAAAAAUAAAACAAUUAUACAGGGUGUCCCCGAAAAUAGUGCGUUCCUUUAAGGUUAGGAUAUAAUACACAAUGUAGAACAAAAAAGUCAUAUGACAUUUUUUUCUAAAGUUAACCGUUUCCAAAAAAAAAUUACAUUGUUCGCCAUGUAAGCGAACUUUUAUUUUCAUAAAAAUAACUAAUUUGGCAUCACUGUACACGAACUGUUUGUGAUUGAGUUUAUUGACACCACAAAUGUAGGUCAGACAGGUACACCUGCAAAAUAAUUGUACCACCCCAUGUUUGAAAAUCCAACAAAACAAGAAUUUGUUUGUUUGUUUAGGAUGAAGACAGGGUUUAAUGUAAAUACUUAUGGCUAAAAUGUUGCAACUAUUUUUGAAUUGUGAUUGUCUAUGUUUAGAUUUUUGUAUACAUAGUUGUCAGAUUUCAAUUUGCAUACCAAAAUGUAUUUUGGUUUUUUAGUCAAACGGUUGCAUUUAGAAAAAAAUGUUAAAAAUGAAAAAAAUUUAGAAAAAAAAGACUUUUUUGCUCUACAUGGUGCCUUCUACCUAUACCUUUAAGGAACGCACUAUUUUCGGGGACAUCCUGUAGAUAUGAUGAGCGCAGUACAUUCUUUUGUCAACAAUUUGAAAGUAUUGAUUAAUCAAAUGAACCGCAAAUAACCGCUCAUUUGAAUUAUGUUUAUUAGGAGACGGAGCUGCAAGCAGUUCAUAGCGAGUUUGAAAGACGCUUCGCUGAUUAAAAAACCGGCAUAUAUUGUAACAUUCAUGGCUAAUUCAUUUUCUUGUAAAGUGAUGAAAAAAAUUGCCAUUUAAAUAUCCAUUACUUUCAAUAUGGAAAUUAUGUCCGUCCAAAAUGAGGUACUAAAAAUAAUUUCGGAUAUACACCUUAAUGGGGUAGGCGCAAAACCUUGGUCCAAUACAAUUUAAAUGCAUUCUUUUUUUCAAAUCCUAAGAAAACUAAUAAGUAUUUUUGAAAAAUUUAUACGCAGAAUGAAAGAUUACAUUAUUACCGACGGCCGAAAUUCCGUGAAAACUUCUGUAAUGUUUAUUUUAAUAAGUUACAGGGGUGAAAAAAAAAAGAAAAUUUAGUGUGAUUUUUAAUUUCAAAUGAAGACAUAAGUGGAAAAAGGUCGUAUGUCACAUUUUUUGAGAAAAUUGUUUUAUUAGGUUUUUGUUCUUCUAAUACGUUGUUUCACUUUUUAAAAUUUUAGCUAGCUUUUUAGCUAAAUAAAAAUAACAGGAAGGUAUUAAAGCAAUAUGUCCCACUAGAUUUUCGAAUUCUAGUGGAUAAAGGUGUUAUGUCCAAAAUCACAUUUGGACAUAAUACCUUUAUCCAUGUGAAAUGUGUAAAUGUGGAGAAUUUUUCUAUUACUUUGAAGAUCUGCUGACGAUCUCUAUUUAUGUAAAAAUCAAACAAACUCUUUGAUAAGAAUUUGAAAUAAUUUGGCUUCUACCUCUAUAAGAUAUAGAUACCUUAAUGCCUACAUGCCAUUUCAGCAAGUAGAUUUAAGAAAAAAAGGACAGCACAUCUGACCGCAACUGAAUAUAGACCAAGAAGACUGGAAAACAAAACUGGUAGUUUGAGUUUGGAAAAACUGGGAAAUUUAAGAGACCAAAUAAAAUUUGUUCCCGAAGAGUAUAGAUGGUUUUAUGAAAACGCGAUAGAGGAAAAUAAAGAAAAUCCCAAAAAGAAAAGAAGAACCUAUUAAACAAUAUGUUUUUAUUAAUUUUACAGUUCGUAUUGCAGUUUUUGAAGUUAUACUUCUUUAGACGCGAUUGAGAGUAAAAUUUCAUAAUACUGCGCGCAUGCGCAUACAGACAGUAUGUACUUAGUUGCAAUAAAUUGUUCAGAAUUAAAAAACGGCUCCGAACUUUUGGGAGGAAAUAGAUAAGAGGUAGAGCAUUGGAUUAGAGAUCGAGAGGUCGCGGGUUCAAAUCCCGGACUAUUCACGUUUUUUUUAAUUUUUGGUAGUUUUAAUAAAAUAUUUUUAAAAGUGGUAGGUAAGAAAGUAUGUUUAAUAUUUAAAUAAAAUGCAAAUAUAAACAGUUAGGUAUAUUUAUUUCGUUGAAAUUAUAUAAUAGAAGUAUAACUUCUUACGUGCGUACAAAGGACACACACAUUCUUUUUUUGACAAUAAAUGCCCAUUUUUGACACUUAACUCUUUUAUCCAAUUAACCCUAACAUUUUUUCAUUAUUUUGUGUGAAUAAAGGUAAUAGGUCCACAAAAUUUAAAAUAUUUGGCCUUAAGUUACUUUUUUUUAAUUCAAUUUAUAGUGUGAAAAAAGUACCUUCAAAUACCUGUUUAAAAAAGUGUAGCAAUGCAAAUGUCUAAAAUAAAUAACUAACUUGGAAUAAAAGACACUAAAAUGUUCAUUACUCAAAAACAUUAUUUUGUGACAUAUUAUGACGUUUAUCCACUUUAUCCAUUUUACACUCUGCGUUUAAAUUUUAAAAUUUUUCAAAAAUAUUUAUUAGUUUUCUCAGAAUUCGAAAAAAAAAUGAAUGCAUUUAAAUAGCACUGGACCGAGAUGCCUAUCCCCUUAAAUCCAGAGCGACCGAUACGAAAUUGGUCUUUCAUAUCGUCUGACAAAUAUCCAUCUUUGAGGCAAAUAGCUCUGCAGCUCACAGCAUUCUUUGGAUCAACGUACUUGUGUGAGUCUGCAUUUUCCCAAAUUAAGGUAGUGAAAUCAAAAUAUCGUAUUCGGCUAACUGACGAACAUCUCUCAUCAUGCUUGCGUUUGGCCCUCGGUAAUUACGUACCAUCAUAUGAAAAACUUCUGGAUGAUAUGCAGUGCCAUGCAUUAACAUCCAGAUAAUAAGAUGAAAAACAUGGCUUUAAUUACAACUCUCUUUAGUUACAACUAUCAAAUAGAAAUGUGCAAUAAAGUUUUUUAUUUUCAAAAUUGUUUUUUUUUACUAGCAGUCGAUCGCUGGACGCUUGCAGUUUAUGUGGUAGAUCCCACACAGUACAAGUCUGGGCACCACUGCAUUAGAAUAUAACUUUUCAUCAUGGCCAUAUUUCUUGUAUAGUGAGAAGCUAGGCAUUAUUACUUGUCAGAGAUAUUCUUCUUUGGUUUUGUUUACUGUACAAAUAAUAUCUAUUAUUCUGUAUUCUAAUUAAUGAUGACCGAACUCGGACCCCUCCACAUUGCCAAAGUUUCAUGGCAGCCGACAUUCUUUACAUAAUAUAGAAAAUUUCUGUUUUUUUUCUGCUGAGAAUGUCGUUUUCUAAUGAUACCAAUGAAAAAAAUCAACUUGCUAACAAAGCUAAAUAUUUCAAAUGUGUUGUAAUUCAUAAUCUGACGCGUUCCAGUAACUGUAAAAAUCGCCCUACCAUUAGCAGAAAAAACAAACUUUUCUAUUUGUAAACAGUGUUGGCAGCCAUGACACUUUGACAAUGUGUAUAGCGCACUAGCACGUACGAGUCCGGGUUAUCCCGAUACACUAUGAUAAUUUUGUUGUUAAUAAUUAAUAUACUGACCACACCAACGAAUUGAUAAAUAAUUUAUUUACCCAACCACUUAACCACUUUGUGAAAGAAGACUGAAGAGAGUUUGGCCAGGCGACCUACCACAAUAAUACUUAGAGAGCCGUUACUGGACGGUACCUAACUCACCUUAAUUAACUUACAUACCAUUUACUUAUUACUUUGUACAGUCCGUCUAAUUUACUUACCGUUGCACGUCAUUAUUUACGUUAGAGAUCUAAGUUGACAUUGUUGCCCAAUUACAAAAAAUUCGUGAAUUCAUUUUAAAUCAAAUAGGAUCAAAUGUGAUCAAAUUAAAAUUAAAUUAAAUCAAAUUAAAUCAAAUGUGAUUUAAAUUCAUCACACAAUUUUUGCGGAAGUGGAUUAUACAGCAAAACAAAUAUCCAAUGUAAAUAAAUCAAAACUUUAGAAAUAGAAAACAAGAAUUAAGUUACAAUCUUACGUUAAAGUACAUAAUAAAAACAGUAAAUAUAAUGAAACAAAUACUUAUAGUAAUGUAAAGAAUAUAAACAAAUAUGAAGUGUCAUCACCGCAACUGUCAAAUAAAUGUUACCAAUUUAUGCCAAAAUAUCACCUUCGUUCGAUUAUAGUUACAGUGUAUUCCGAACAAAUGUGCUUCAUAAAAACGUUUUAUAAUCCACUUAUAUAAAUUAAAUGAAACAUAUUAUUGUGUAUUUCUUUAAGUUAACAUUAAUAGAAAUCUUUAAAUAUGAUCUCUACGCGUAUAUAAUAAAAUAUGCCUAGGGCUGUAACGCCAGUGUACUCGGCAAAGUGAUUCUAAAAAAGAACACACCUACCGCCUAAAUAUUUCCUGUUGGUAUCAUGUGACGUCUCGGGCUAUGACGCGGAUGACGUGCAACGGUAAGUAAAUUAGAUGGAGUAUAUAUAGAGUAGAUUGUAAAAUGCAGUGUAUCAAAAAAAAAUAAUGAAUAUAUUUCGGCAAGUAAUGAAAACCGAUUGACGUCAUUAAUUAGCAUAAAGGCUUAUUCGCUGUGAGCCUAUGAGUAGAGGUGAUUUGACAGUUUUCGCCUGCGCUGUUAGUGGCAGUUUUGUGCAUUGAAUUUGAACAAUUUUACAAGAAAAGUAUAAGUCUCAAACCGCGAGAGAGCGCUACCGACGAAACUCACAGAAACCUAUGCCCACAGCCAAUAAAAACAGAGGUAACCUCUAAAUUUCACAUAAACUUCUUCUUUUUCUCAAUGGUCUCUUGCGUAAGCAGUCAUCCAGUCGCACGAACUUAUAUAGUAAAUAUUAUAAUUAUAAUGAAUAAAAUAAAAAAAACAUAAUUACUUUUACUAUUAAUUCUGUGUAUUCGUUCAGUAAUCAGGUUACAAUAAUAUUUCAGUUCAUAAUUUGUGUUUUUCUAGAUAAAUAUCUAUUUUUCUCGUUUUGUAUAUUUCACAUACACCAAUUUUAUAAGAAAAGUGCAAGUUUCAAACCGCGAGAGGGCCAAGGGCGGCCCGUCGGGGUAGGCAAGGUAGGCGCUGCCUAACCUCUCCAAAUGUACAAUACAAUAAUAAAUUAUUUAUUAAUAUAAAUUACUUAUUUCAAAAUUGUAAUUUAUACAUUUUGACACAAUACGUAAGUAUCUAAAAUAAUUUUAAUUUCUCUUCGAAGUUGUAACUAUUGUACGCUCCUCGUAGUACUGUUACUCACUUCUAUUACGGCACUACCCUAUGGUCAGGCACUUUAAAAUCCGCCUAAUCUAAAGAACAGAACAGAAUGAUAUGUGUCUCUCAUUCUACGCUAAGCACAGCGCUGUAACUGUGGCUUGUCUAGCCAUAAGUGGACGGGAAUUUCCGGGAACUUUUUGGGGCUAGGUUAGGCUACAUUUUUUUGCGGCUUCGGCAAUGGUUGUCUCGAGCUGCAUCUCGGGAUAGCCAAUUGUAUGUUUUAGGAUCCUGACUACAAAUACUGAAAAAACUAAAAGUGCGAAUUUUGUCAUGAAAUUUGGUACGUGGGGUUAGAAUAAUAUUUGGAACAACUUUUUCCGAUAUCUCUAACGCGAAGCCAAAUAUCGAAAAUUCGCCCUGUUUGUAGAUUCGCAGUAGACAGCGUUUAAAAUUUAAAUUUGAGUUGACUAUGUCUAUCUUAAAAAAUGUGAACCAUCACACUUGCUUGACUGCAAAAUUUUAAAUCUGUAUUUAUUUUGAUAGCCGCAAUAUAGGGGUGUCUUCAUCUUAAAUGCGACAAGGUAUACGAGUAUAUAAUAACGUGUGAUCCAAAAUUAUUGUCACCAUAGGUGGCUCUGAACGACAGAGAUAGCUAUACAGUGCAUGUCUAUUAUUAAUUCAGAUAUAUAGUAUUUUUACUACAAAAGCGAUAUUACGUUUGACAGUUUUGACAGUUCUCUUACGUCAAAAAUUUUGACCUACGUAAUAUCCAUAGAGGUAUAUAUUGACAUAGAGAGAGGAUCAUUUAAAGCGAAGUGACGACACCAUCUUUUUUCUUUGGAUUAGUGCUGUUUCACUCUUACGCAUAUUAAGCUGCGACAGUUGUCCUCCUCUUCCGUGCCUAUAUUCACACCUUAAUGUCAUCUUAGUUUCUCGGUACAAUGUGCUAGAAAGAGAUAGCGCAAACCAGUCGAAGAGAUCUUGUCGUCAGGAUGCGCGGAGUGAAGGCUCACUCUAUGUUAAUAUAUACCUCUAUGGUAAUAUCGCUUUUGUAGUAAAAAUACUAUACUUUCCAGUUUACGUUAACUUUGACAGAUGCUUGUCAGUGUACGUACGUCAACUUAAAAAACACUAUAAUUGAACAUAAAAAGUAGCAGAGGAAGCAAAAUUCGACCUUUAUACGAAUUAAAAGGUCUUGAGAUUGGGUAUCAUUUCAACGUGUUUUCAAUCUUUAUUCUUUGUUUGGAAAAGUGAUCAUAACAACACUGAAUAUAGCCGCAGUUCGCCGUGACGUCACACUCCGGCGGUCUUUCAGAUUAAAACAAGACAUACGUAAUUUUUUUGCACGGAUAGCUUUGAUUCCAAUAAUUGUGGAUCGCUCGUUAUGUAGAGUAUAGAGUAUACCUAUAUAAAGGUAUAUGUGUCGCCUACCCGCAUACUGAGGUCACGAGCCGCCACUGGAGAGAGCGAUACCGUCGAAAAUCAUAGCCAAUAUAUAUUAUUUGUACAGUAAACCAAAACAAAGAAAAAUAUAUCUGACACGUAAUGAAUCAUAGUUUCUCACUGUAAAAGAGAUAUGGCCAUGAGAAAAGUCAGAUUCUAAUGUGUUGGCAAUGCUCUGACGUCAGAAAUCUUGACUGGCGUAAGCGUGUUUUUUAGUAAAAAGGGUAUAUUCCAAAAAUCUAUUUAAUUACUACAUUUUGUUUGUUGUAAUUUUAUUUCAAUAUGAGGUAGUAUUAAAAGACACUAUUUUUAGCGAAUUAAAUUCUGGUAUUAGUAUUAUAGUAAAUCACAAGACACUCACAAACACACAUCACAUAAAAAAUGUAACAAUUGAUUGACAAACUUAAGAUUUUGCAUUUAUUGAAUUGUUUGUUGCGCUUGCUUUAACGAUAGUGGCAGCUGACCUAAAACAGCUUUUCCUAAAAUAUUAUAAUGCUCAGUAAAAAUUCAGAUUAGCAAACACAUCGCUAACUGAUUUGUUCAGAAAUGCGUGAGAGUGAACAUACAUUGAAAUGUGCAAUUUUAUGUUUAAGUUUAAUUUACUAUUUUAUAGUUAUUACUAUUAUAUGGUUAUAUAUAG